AUGGAGCUGUUCAACCAAGCUCUACUAGCAAAACAAGGUUGGAGAUUGCUAAGAUAUCCUGAUUCAUUGCUGGCCAAGACAUUGAAGGCAAAAUACUUUCAGGAUGGUGACUUCCUGAAUGCUAGGGUUAGCCCGGGUGAUUUGUAUACAUGGAGGAGCCUGAUAAAGGGUAAUGAGCUUUUGCAAAAGGGUGCUCGAUUCCAAGUGGGGAAUGGCUCCAGCAUUUCAAUGUGGUAUGAUCCCUGGUUACCCAGGCCCCAUACAUUCAAACCAUACAACAUGGUGAUGGAAGGCUUAGAAGAGCUGAAAAGUGGGUACCAUGUAGCUAGGAAAUUUUUGGCCCCAAGCUCCACAGCUCAGUCCCAUGAUGAGAUAAGGAAGUUAUGGAGGGCGGUUUGGCAUGCAAGGGUUCAACCAAAAAUUCGAGCUUUUGUGUGGCGCUUGCUGAAGAACAUACUCCCAACCAAAGAUGCUUUGCGUAGAAGAAUUGGCAUGGAGGAGCAGCAUUGCAACAUAGUUGCAUGCAUGUGGCUCUACAACCCAAUUGGGCUACGUGCUAGGAGCCAUGCAGCGACGUCAAUGAAGGACUGGAUUAUGGAUGUAGUUGGGACACUUAGCAAGCAACAGGUUGAUAUCUUUUUCAUGUUAUUGUGGACUAUUUGGUAUGAGAGAAACAGAUUGGCGUGGAAUGGUGGGACUUUUAAUCCCAUGCAUGCAGUCACGUGGUUAAUGCACUUGUUGGAGAAUUAUCAAUCUUUACACCCAGCCAAGACAUCAAGUAAGAUGAAUAGAGGGGGUGUAGCUAAAUGUUUAUUCCCUCUUCAUGGACGACUUAAAAUCAACAUAGAUGGAGCUUUCUGUGCUGACCGAGGAAGUGGAGGAGUGGGGGUUAUUAUCCGUGAUGAGAAGGGCAGUUUCAAGGGUGCAUGGUCGAGAUUUAUACCCCAUAUGGGUCAACAUUCCAUGGUGAAGCGGAGGCCUGCAGAGCAGGAUUGUUGCUAG